AUAAUAUCUGUUCACAUGGGAAGCGACUCAGCGAGUGACAGGGCCAACAUGGCGGCUGGUGGCGAGUCGCUGGAGUCUUGGCUAAACAAAGCCACCGCUCCUUCCAACCGACAAGAAGAGUGGGAGUAUGUUAUGGCAUUCUGUGACCAAAUCAACAAGGAGCUUGAGGGACCCCAAAUAUCCGUACGACUGUUGGUACACAAGAUCCAUUCACCGCAGGAAUGGGAGGCACUGCAAGCCUUGACGGUUCUUGAGACCUGUAUGAAGAACUGUGGCCAAAGGUUUCAGAAUGAAGUGGGAAGAUUCCGUUUUUUAAAUGAACUUAUUAAAGUCAUAUCCCCCAAAUAUCUAGGAGACACGGUGUCUGAGAAGGUGAAGUCAAAAGUAAUUAAGAUGAUAUACAGCUGGACCAUUUAUCUUCCUGAGGAAACCAAAAUUUGUGAGGCUUACCAGAUGCUGAAGACUCAGGGUAUUGUAUUAGCUGACCCUGAGAUCCCUUCCGAUGCUACAUUAGUCCCAUCUUCAUCUGAGAGGCCCAAGAAUCCAGUGUUUAAUGAUGAGCAGAAAAGUAGAAAGUUAGCAGAGCUGCUUAAAAGCAAAAAGCGUUCUGAUCUGCAGGAGGCCAAUCAACUCAUCAAGAACAUGGUUAAAGAGGAUGAAGUGAGGUCACAGAAAGUGUCCAAGCAGAGUAGCACACUGGAGGCAGUCAACUACCGUGUCAAACUCCUUAAUGAGAUGCUUACUUACUUUAGUCCUGAAGCCUCUGCUGAUGUUGACAAGGACCUCAUUAGGGAGUUGUACAGUGACUGUGACAAGCUGAGACAAACAGUGUGUCAGCUAGCUACAGAGACAGAUGAUGACGACACUUGCUUGGGAGACAUCCUGCAGGCCAAUGAUGACCUCUCCAAUGUUCUUAAUUCUUAUAAGAAGAUAAUGGAAGGCCCUACUAGCAAUGGAGAGACUAAAACUCUAUCAGGCACCAGCUUCACGGCUCAGUCUGAGAGUCUGAUUGAUUUGAUGGAUGUGGACGACACCAUUUUUUCCCAACAAGGAAAGCUACCUUUUGCAUCAUCUGCAUCUUCUCACUUUGACCUUCUGUGUGGACCCACUGUGGCUGAAGCAGAGUCAGGCACAGCCUCUGCGUCAUUCUCAAUGCUAGAUGAAGAGCUGCUGUCCUUAGGUCCUGCAUUCUGUGCGAUUCCUCCCUCUGUCUUCGGCUCGGUGUUCCCCAGUGCUCCGCCGGCACCUUUCACGCUCCAGCAACCACCAGAUGGCCCAGUCUCAAGCUCAACAGUGCCAGCGCACAGCACAGAGCAGUCGCCUCCAACAACCAUCCAUGUCACCGCGUCACAGGUCUACUCUGCAGCACAACCGUCCCAGUCUGAACCCGCCUCUACGGGUGACAGUCUACAAGAUGUGGCCCUGCUUGAUUUCAGCAGUCCUAAAAGUUUACCCGAGGCGCACUUUGACAACACGCAAGCCAAGCGUGAUGAUCCGCGUUCUCCUGCCAACCCCAUGUGCCAAAGCGGGGUGCCAGUGAAGACCAACUGCCCGCCAGCCAGAUGCCAUGACGACAAUGCUCUGUUACACUCCCACAACCCCAUCGUCACAAAGAACCACACUAAUUCAGCUGGGGGAGAGGAGACGUCCUUUGCUAAUGUUUUUGUACCAUUGGAGACUGUCAGACCAAGUAAACUGUGUCCCAUCACAGCGUACGACGAGAGCGGCGUUCGUGUGCUGCUACAUUUUGCGAGCGACUGUCCCCCUGGCUGCUCUGAUGUUUUGGUGAUUGUUGCGUCCGUGCUAAAUACAUCUCCUCUCCCUGUCUGCGACUUUGUACUGCAGGCUGCAGUUCCCAAGACAAUGAAAGUGAGAUUGCAGCCACCCUCGGGUACACAGCUGGCUUCCUUCAACCCCAUCGCACCUCCUGCUACCAUCAGUCAAGUCAUGCUGCUUUCCAAUCCACACAAGGAAAAAGUUCGCAUGAGGUUCAAGUUGACAUUCACGCUAGGACAGCAGCAUUACGCAGACGUCGGCGAAGUUAAUGACUUUCCACCUCCUGACAGAUGGGGUGCUCUGUAGCCCCGCCCAUCUCCUUUCCCUUCGAAAUUCUUCUAUUUAUCUGGGCAAUGAGAAAGAAACGGCUUCUAGGAUUAUGUCUGUUUAUUUAUUUAUUUUCAACUUUUGUACCCUUAUUUAACGAGAAGGUAAGCUUGAAUAGUCACAGUCUUGUUCAAUACAUACGCCAAGGCUUUAGUACGAAUCAAAAAGAGAUUUCUUCUAUACUGUUUGUAUUAGGUUAAGUUCAAAUUAAGUAUUGUUGUUACACUUUGGAACAGGAAUAUUACAACUAAAUUGUUUUAGCUGCCAUGUUUCCAGAAAGCUAUGGACCUGUGGGCGAGACUUCUCCCGUUCACUAUAAUCAUAUGUUUUUCUGUGAAACCAGUGUCCUCUACAGUAGACAUUUGAUUUUGGCUUUUUUAUUUUAUCAGAGUUAUAGGAGCCCUCUGCUAUUUGUUAAGAAUCUGCUGCAAAAAUGUCAGUCUCUCACAAGUCUUUUUGAACCAAACUCGUGUAUAAUAGCCCAAAUGAUGAAAAAGAGAAGACCUAAAAUAAACCUUGGGGAAGACCACAAGUAUAACUAAAGAAGUCGAUCAAUGACUACUCACUGCAUCUAAAGUAAACAAGGUACUGCAACAUAAACCACAUUACGAAGAAAAAAAUUGUAAAUGCCAAUAAAGGAGAGGACUUCAAGGGGUGCAUUGGGGACUGCCUCAGUUAUGUAAAUCACACCCCAGUGUUCUAUAUUUGCAUGCAUGGUUGAAAUGACAAGCAUCUGCUAAUGUGUUAACAGUGGUCCAAGUUCCUCUAUACAACAGGAGCACUACUGUUUUUAAGAAUUUGCUGAAAAAAUGUUUUGUCUCCCAAGUUUUGAACUCAACCAGGUAACUUUGCUCCCACUUCAGCCAUUUGAACAGCCCUGCUUUAGAAGGUCUAGCAAUGUUGUCAAAAUUCAGAAAUAUUGAUUGUAAUUCUAAAGUUGGAUUUACAAACCCAGUUUC